ACACCUGAAUGUUUAAAGGGCCCGGGUCAGCUGACUGCCUCCAGCCCGGGUUUAGUCCUGGGGGUCAGGGUCGCGGUCGCCGCGGAGGAGAGAUGACCGCGGAGCGACCCGGCACAGUGCUCCUGGGCAGACCUGGGAGGCCGCCGAUGCUGGGGUGCGGGGGAGUCUGUAAGGUUCAGGAUUUUGCCGCGAUCUCCCUGCUGCUGUUGUCUGCGGCAAUAUUCGGGGCUAAGACAGAGAACGACUUCAAUCUGGUUCAGCCGCUAGUGACUAUGGAGCAGCUGCUGUGGGUGAGCGGGAGGCAGAUCGGCUCUGUGGACACGUUCCGCAUCCCGCUCAUCACAGCCACUCCUCGGGGCACUCUCCUUGCCUUCUCUGAAGCCAGAAAAAUGUCCACGUCGGAUGAGGGGGCCAAGUUCAUCGCUCUGCGGAGGUCCGUGGACCAGGGCAGCACGUGGUCUCCUACAGCAUUCAUUGUGGACGAUGGGGAGACCCCAGAUGGGCUAAAUCUGGGGGCAGUGGUGAGCGAUAUUGAGACAGGAGUGGUGUUCCUUUUCUACUCCCUCUGUGCUCACAAGGCUGGCUGCCAGGUAGCGUCCACCAUGUUAGUGUGGAGCAAGGACGAUGGUGUUUCCUGGAGCCCUCCCCGGAACCUCUCUUUGGAUAUUGGCACCGAGAUGUUUGCCCCUGGACCGGGCUCUGGCAUUCAGAAACAGCGGGAGCCACGGAAGGGUCGGCUCAUCGUGUGUGGCCACGGGACGCUGGAGCGGGAUGGGGUCUUCUGCCUCCUCAGCGAUGACCACGGCGCCUCAUGGCGCUACGGCAGUGGGGUCAACGGCAUCCCCUAUGGCCAGCCCAAGAGAGAAAAUGAUUUCAACCCUGAUGAGUGCCAGCCCUAUGAGCUCCCAGAUGGCUCAGUUGUCAUCAACGCCCGGAACCAGAACAACUACCACUGCCACUGCCGAAUCGUCCUCCGCAGCUACGAUGCCUGCGAUACGUUGAGGCCCCGUGAUGUCACCUUUGACCCUGAGCUCAUAGACCCUGUUGUAGCCGCAGGAGCUGUAGCCACCAACUCUGGCAUUGUCUUCUUCUCCAACCCAGCCCAUCCAGAGUUCCGAGUGAACCUGACCCUGCGCUGGAGCUUCAGUAAUGGUACCUCAUGGCGGAAAGAGACAGUCCAGCUCUGGCCAGGGCCCAGUGGUUACUCGUCGCUGACCACCCUGGAGGGCAGUGUGGACGGGGAGGACCAGGGCCCCCAGCUCUUCGUCCUGUAUGAGAAAGGCCGGAACUACUACACAGAGAGCAUUUCCCUGGCCAAAGUCAGUGUGUACGGGACACUCUGAGCUGCACGCCUGCCGCACGUGUCUAAGGCCCUGGCUCAGCCCUCAGGACCGUGGGUCUGCAGAGGGUCUGUGGGAGGUGCCUAAAAGACAGCUCCACCUUCCUUUAGACUCUAGCCUUUUGCAAAAUCAACUUUUCUUUGACAGGGAAAUCACUCCAUUAGGACUAAAAGCCUGGCUUCUGAACCCACACAGGAAGUCCUGCCCCCACCUGGGAGCACUUCCUUUCCACAUCGCUGGGUCUGGCCCCUCUACCCUAUCUGCCCUCCCAGGACAAUGAUUGGUCCUUUUCUUGGGCAAGGCUAGGUGGGCCUGUAGAACUGAAUAAAUGUGAACUCAGGGAAUUGGGGAAGGCUGAGCUUCCUCUUUGAGGUAAGAUACUGGCUUUGGAGAGGGUUGGUGGAGGUCAUGGGACGGCAGAAUGUUUGCUUUCAGGGUAAGGAACUAGAUGCACCAUCCACUGUUGCUAUUUAUGAAUCAAAAUGUUUGUAACAUAAUGUUUUCAAUGAAGGAGAAGGAACUUGUGUAGAA